AUGUCAUCACAUAUUACUGAUGUUGAAGGUGAUUGGAAAAUUGUUGAUUAUCCCAACCAUCCUGGAAAUGUUAACUGUAAAAUUGAAAUAAAGGGUUAUGGUCUAGAUCCAAAUAUGUUUAAACUUUAUAUGCACGUGGUGAAUGAUCUAUAUUGUAUUUUGAAACAUAAUUCUACAACUAAUCGAUGGGAAAUUUCUGAUUUUUGUUCCACAGAAAUAAGUGGUUCACGAGAAAACAUAGAAAAAGAAGAUGUAUUUAGAACAUUGAUUUCUAAUUUACGAAAAUUAGAAGUUCACGAUGAACAACAAUUGAUUAUUACAACAAACGAUAAUGAACAAGUUCGAUUAGAACGAUUGUCGUAG